CUUGAUCUGAACAAGCUUGGUAUCACGCAAGUGCCUGAGGAAAUCUUUGACAAGACAACCAGCAAGUUCAUCUUCAGCCUCUCGCUCUCCAACAAUCUGCUGCAUCAUCUGCCAAGAAACGUGCGAGAACUGCAGGAGGUGACCUCUGUCAACUUGUCAGCGAAUCGUCUCAAGGAGCUGCCUCCUGAGCUAGGGGACUUGAAGAAGCUCAAGAUUUUAAACCUUGAGAAGAACAAACUUAAGCUGCUCCCAAAUGAGUUCGGAAAUCUCAGGAGUUUGGAAACCUUGAUUCUUGCAUACAAUGAGCUGGAAUGUCUCCCUAUCACACUUGCUCCCUUUCAUGCCUUGAAUUCACUUGACUUUGCACACAACCAGCUUGUUGCAUUACCUGAUAGUAUCGGAAUGCUCACCAAUCUAACAGAACUGAUGCUUUCGUACAAUCUGAUAUCAUCCAUACCUGAUAGCAUCAAGAAAUGCGUCAUGCUCGAGACGUUUCUGGCCCAAAGCAACAAGAUC